UUGCCCCGAAUAAAAUCUAGAAUCAAUAUUAUGAAAAGGUAUUUGGUAACCAGCAGUUUUCCUAAAAAGAAGACAUCAAUCAGUUCGUCCGUCUUUAUGGCUGUAACACACCGGCUUUUAUUUUGUUUUGUUUGGUUCUUUACGCGGUUGUAUAGAGAAAGCAAUAUAUUGACAGCGAAGAGAUUAAUUACGUUUUUAGAAGAAUUUGAGGCUAAUAAAAUUACACAAGUUCUUUCGCUUAUAACGUUGAUCUGUAUGUAGAAAACUUAAUCGAAAUGGAAGGCAUUGAAGCAUCUCAGGAAGAAGAUCGAUUGUGUUCAGGUGCUAAUCAACAUUCAGAUGAAAAUGUAGCCUUGACGUCAGCACAGUCGAACGCUACUUGCAUCCUGAAUUCUCCGGGAAAUAGUCCAACUGUAGCUAUUUCUACCCAAAAGCUCUUCGACGAUGGUUAUCAACAGCAACAACAACAACAGCAGCAGUCAACAAACGAUAACAAUACCAGUAACACACAUCAAAGCGCAAGCGGAGUUGGAUGUGCCAACAUCGAUUCCCAAACCCAACGCCACUCUACAAAUUCGUCAAACGAAUACACAUCAACACCGAAAUCCACACGCACGUGCGUUGUUGGUGCGGGAGGCAGUGGCGGCGGUGCGAAUUCACCCAUAAACAUUGCCAGCAAUCAGCCGAUCAAUGACGAGAACACACCGAUACAACACUUCAAUAUUGAUUGUAGUGCCAUAAACGAGUCACAGCAUAAUUCCGCUGAUGGUGUCUAUAUAGAUAAUACAAAUAAUAGUGCUAUCAACAAUAGCAAUAAUAAUAGCAUUAGUGCAAGUAAUACUGGGAAUGAUAACAACGGUAGUGGGCGCGCUCUCCAAACGCCUCCAAUCAUAACAUCAACGCCUUCAGUGGCAACAACUGCGACGACAAAUACUACACUUGGGAGUUCAGUGCCAAUCGUUAUACCACCACGACAAGCACUCCUUCCUUGGGGUACCCAUUCGCGUACGUCAAUUAUUAACGUAAUACCAUACACGCAAGCUCUAGACAUGCCGUUGUCGCAGAGUGGGUCACAAAUGUCAUGCGGCAAUGAGAUAUCGACGCCGCCAAGGCCAGGAGAAAUUGUUAUGCGAAAUUUGUUUAGUGAUUUUACGGUGCAAGCGGAGAAAAAGAUCGAAUUGGUUAUGCUGGAGAGUGCCGAAAAACAAUUAUCAAAACUAUUACAACGUGGUGAGGAUCAACAGUUCGAUCAGUUGCUAUCGGCGCUUGGAUCAGUGGCCGAACACUGCCUGCCCUCGCUGUUGCACACAUUACUAGCCUGGCAUCGCCGCCAACUCUCAGAUGGCGAAAUUAAAAAUGAUCUCAAACGCAUGGAGAAGAAUGCUACACCUAAGCCCGCAAUUGAUUUGGAAUUUCAAUUACAACGCCGAGAAGCUGCCGUAGAAUUCAUAUUUUGUUUAGCUCUGAUUGAAAUACUCAAACAAUUGCCCUUUCAUCCCGGACAUGAGGAUCUCAUUCGAAAUAUUGAAAAUUUAGCUUUCAAGCAUUUUAAGUACAAGGAAGGUUUACAAAAUAAUCCCAAUGCGCACAAUAUUCAUAUGAUAGCCGAUUUGUAUGCGGAAGUGAUUGGAGUUUUGGCCCAGAGUCGUUUUGCGUCAGUGCGCAAGCGGUUCAUGAGUGAAUUGAAGGAGUUGCGAGCUAAGGAGGCUUCAAAUACGACAACGCAGAGCAUUAUAAGCCUGCUGAUGGGUAUGAAAUUUUUUCGCGUCAAGAUGGUACCUAUUGAGGAGUUCGAGGCUUCCUUUCAAUUCAUGCACGAAUGUGGUCAAUAUUUUCUCGAAGUUAAAGAUAAGGACAUCAAACAUGCGUUGGCGGGCCUGUUUGUGGAGAUUAUAGUACCAGUAGCGGCGGCUGUGAAAAAUGAAGUUAAUGUCCCCUGCGUGAAAAAUUUCGUUGAGCUGCUAUACGUACAAACAUUGGAUGCUUCAACAAAGUCGAAACACCGCCUAGCUUUAUUUCCUUUAGUCACUUGUUUGCUAUGUGUCUCGCAGAAAACAUUUUUCCUUUCAAAUUGGCAUUACUUUUUGGCCAUGUGUCUUAGCAAUUUAAAAAAUCGUGAUUCGAAAAUGAGCCGGGUAGCACUGGAGUCGCUUUAUCGUCUAUUAUGGGUGUACAUGAUUCGCAUCAAAUGCGAAUCCAACUCGGCGACACAUUCGAGACUACAAAGUAUUGUAAAUUCACUAUUUCCAAAAGGCUCGAAAGGUGUCGUGCCACGUGAUACUCCACUGAACAUUUUUGUGAAGAUCAUACAAUUUAUUGCACAAGAGCGUUUGGAUUUCGCCAUGCGCGAGAUUGUUUAUGAUUUACUAUGCGUAGGACGUUCAAUUAAGUUGAUUCUAAAUCCGGAACGCAUGAGCAUUGGCCUACGCGCAUUUCUGGUUGUGGCCGAUUCUUUGCAACAAAAAGACGGUGAACCACCGAUGCCACGCACUGUGCCAGUGUUGCCCUCCGGUAAUACACUGAGAGUGAAGAAAACCUACAUUAACAAAAUGCUCACGGAUGAUACUGCCCGCAGCAUUGGCAUGUCGACUUAUUUUCCGCACGUACGUCGUGUUUUUGUGGACAUUUUGCGAGCAUUGGACGUACAUUACGGUCGCCCAUUGAUGAUGACUAACACGCAAAAUCAAAAUAAAGAGCCCGACGAAAUUCUAUCGGGUGAGCGGAAACCACGCAUUGAUUUAUUUCGUACCUGCGUCGCAGCUGUACCUCGUCUUAUACCAGAAACAAUGACGGCACAGGAGUUGGUGGACUUGCUUUCUCGCCUGACCGUGCAUAUGGACGAGGAGUUGCGUAUAUUGACACAUCAGUCGUUGCAAACAUUGGUAAUUGACUUUCCGGAUUGGCGUCAGGAUGUCGUGCACGGGUACACACAGUUCCUAGUGCGCGAUGUCACCGACACUUAUCCGCAGUUAUUGGAAAAUUGUACCAGAAUGCUAUUUGUAUUUCUGAACAUUUGGCGUUGUGCAAUAAAUGUCAAUGGCAAUGGAAAUUCCAGCACGAAUGCGCUCAAAACCACAAUGAUCACUGUCGGUGUUGCAAAUGCGCCCGCCGGUGUUGCCAGUAGUAGUGUUGGUGUCGGUGGCGUACCAGUGGCAACUGGCUUAAGUGCCACGAUUGCUAGUAAAGACACUGCCACUAGUCAGCUUUCCAGCGCUAGUAAUGUAAAGAGCGUAAAUACGAAUUCAAGUGGUGCUUCGAGUAUAACUUCCAGUGGCAUGUCUAGUAUCACGCAAACAACUGUCAUAAAUAUUGGUGACGCCGCUAAGAAAAAUGAAAUACCAUUGGUUACCACGCUGCACUUUGUAGAGGGAUUUGCACUGGUACUGCUAUGUAACUAUCGUCCAUUCUUGCGAAAGUUAGCUGCAAUGAUUCUUAAAGAAGUGAAAAAUCUUAUGAAAGCGCUUGGUAUACCGGAGACCGAACCACCGGUUAUCGAUGUAAUUGACAAGUCUUGUCCACAGGUUCUUGAGAAGUGCUUACCACAUUUGCCACCAUCGGAGAAGACAGCAAUUCUAAACGCGAAUGCUAUUGAUUUGCAAUGGAUUGCAGAACGUACGAGUGGCGUAUGGUUGGCGGGACUUACAGAUGUUUUAUUAGAUACAUCAAAAUCAUCCACUUCAACGCUGAACCUGUCACAGGGCAGUACAUCAGUACAUCAGCAGCAACAAUUUGAUCCCUGGUCUGUGGUACUGUUUGGUUUCUUGGAGCGUAAUCGUAUCUUACAGCAGUGCCCCUCUGCCGUUGCGCAGGCCUGGCCUAUCUGCUACGCUCGUUUGACCACACUCUACAGUGUGAUCGAUCCCACACCUGUUAGUGACAAUCGCGCUUCCUUGCUGCGCAGCUCAGCGCCAACAAAGAAAAUGCCCACCGAAAGUCAAAAGGAUCUUUACUUAAAAUUGUGGCGCAAUCAAGUUGCUUAUGCUAUGCGUCUGGUACCACAAAUUCCUAGUGUAGCGGUGCGCUGUGCAUCGCCUGAUUUAAGUUUGAGUCUACAAGAUCAAUCGGACUCACGGUCUCUAUCCGAUUCCUUGGAUAACAUACCGUCGAACGUGUUUGGACCAGAAGGGAUUGUUACACGCUUUACACUGCCGCUAUCUUAUGGCCGUAAGGAGGCACGACAGAAACGACUUGGCUCAUCCCCUGAUUCGUUAAACGCCGACCGUAGUGAUAAAUCUGUUAUGGGUUCAGCAUCGCCUCAAGCGCUCUAUAAGCUGGUUGUGCCUCUGCUGCGUUGCGAGGUGGUUGACGUGCGUGAUGCGGCCGUAAAUGCACUUGGAAUGAUAAAUCACGAAGCCCUGAAGGAUUUAAUGGAAGAGCUGGUUGUCUAUAUACGCGAAGCAGUUGAUAGAAAACAAGAGAACAUGCGACGUCGACGUCGUCGAGAUGCUUUACGCUUGCAACUUGUACGUGUUUUGGAAAAAAUUGCAGAAAAUGGAACAUUUGGAGUAAGUACGUGUGUGUUGGAACGGGAUACUAUGUCCUUACAUCCUACAUUUGUGGAAUACAUUGAGGGAGCCAUUCAGUAUCUAUUAGCUGAAACAGAUAAGGACAAUACCAGCAUUCGAGAAGUGAAAGCGCAUUUUUGCAAUUUCAUACGCAAAAUGAUUAAAAACUUUUCUCUGGAAUCGUGUGGCACACUUCUGACGCGCGAGUUAAAGCGGAGUCUCUUCAAUUUGCUCGCCACUUGGUGCGGAUCAUUUUCAAAACCAUUGGGUUUCACAUCACAGAUUGGUCAUACUCCAGAUGAGGAAAAACUACAAUUUAGCGCUUUGCAGGCACUAUCUGCUCUACUUUGCUGCGGACAUAUAUUUCACCCACCAUAUCUCUCAGAUUAUGGUAUUAUUUACGAAUGGCUGGAUAUGUUGCUGACAUCCAAAGAUGAAAAGAUAUAUUUGAUGGCUCGUGAUACAGUCGUUUUACUGCUUGAGUCAAAUCCGGACAGUGGUGUGCUACUUGAAUGGGUUAUUGAUCGUUGCUACACAUCAACCCCGCGUGAAGCGGAUGCUUGCUUUUUGGCUUUGGCAUCAAUAUUUAGUGCAAGAGAAUAUCCAUGUGACCACUACACAUCUGUCAUCACAGUCACACUUCUAAUGACCGGUUGUCCACGCGUUGAAGUACAUUCCACCGCUCUGCAAUUGCUACAAAUCUUGGAUAAACGUUUCUUUGGCAGCGUUGCUUCACUGCACAACGAAAAUGAAAAAGGUAUGUUUGACAAUCUUCCAUCCACAAUGUAGCACGCAUUAUAACAUGAACAAAAAUUAUAUUUUCGU